AUGUCGCAGCAACACCUCUGGGGGUAUUCAAAGGUGCAAGAGUCCACAUCCCAAGAAGUUAUUGUACUGUCAAAACAAGGGCAGUCCAAAGCCAAGUUAGGUGAUCCUGUCUUGACAGUUCGUACUCAAUCUCCUAGAGCAUUAUUAGCUGGUAAAAACUCAGCCAAUCUUCUCACACGCUACAUGGAGCAAUGUGCUGAAGAAAGGGACUGUUAUGGAUCUGGGUCCACUCUCCUCUCCUUUCCUCCAAGAGAAACUUCCACAGGAGAAGUUGAAGCAAGUCCUACCAUUGAGGGAGAUGACUUGGACGAGGAAAUCCCUAUGUGUGUGGAGGAUGAAGAUUGCUAUAAGGAUAUACAAGAUGUGUAUGACCAAUUACAUGUGCAAUUCCUCAAACAACAAUAG